AUGUACUCGUUUUGUGCCGCAGUCAUGCCUGGGUACUGCUAUGAUCGUUUGAUGUCCGUAGUGAGGGAUUUAACUCACGAGCUGUCGAAGUCACCGCCAGCGCUCCCCGCAUGGCUGCACGUCGAUGCCAACACGGUUCCAGAGGUGCUCCAUGCCCUCCAAUACUGGACAACGGCACAGAAAACCACGAGGAAGACGCUCGCGCACCACACGUACCAAGAACCCGAGACCCACAGUGGCGGCGACGGCGGCGACUUUCGACGCCAGCUGCGGGACAGCCUCAUGGAGGAACGCAGACAGAUCGAGGCCAUGCUCCGGGGGCUCUCCGACACCCGACUACUCUCGCUGAAGUGGAUGCCCGAGGGCACCUCCGUCAGCGAAGGACGCGCUUUCGUCGAGUCGAAUAUGGAGAUGCUCGUGAACAGGAUGCAACAAAUGUGUUCCACCGGGAAGGUGCCGACCCACGAGCAAGAGUGGUACAAGCUCACGAAGACGUUUGUUCCCCCCGCUGAGUUGCGGGGCCGCCAUCCAGGCUUCGAGCAGGCAUGGACGACGACGACGCAGUGCGACGAUGUAGAACAGGCCGCGGCUGGCAAGUCAACUGACGUUGCGUUCACUCAGAUCAAUUCUCAAAUAGAGAAUGAGUGGCGUACCAACAUUACGCUUUUCGACUCUAACUGUGAUAACCCUAAGUACCAUCCCGGGGGUGACGGUUACGACACGAUGUCCGGCGACGUCUUCGAGCCUGUCGGCUGCGUGGAAGACUUUAAUCAGAGGAACAAAGAAGGUCCACAAGGCCCUGCGAAGAAUAAUGCUGACACGACCGCUUGGGACAUAUUCAGCACGUUCUUUGACGAGAUCGUGAACGCACUGAAGGGUCUCAAGGGCCACAUUACUGUAGAACUCAUCGCAGGGGGCCUGUCCGAGGAGCUUGCCAAGAUGCGGCUGGGAGGCGAUGGUACUCGUCCCGCGAACUUUCCAACGAAGUACACAAGAAUGUGGUUGAGUAACGUACCCGACUACACUCAUGGCCCGAUGAACAUUGCCCAAUACGUUGUUCCAAGCCUUCAAGAUGACCAACGAGCAGGUGCUUCGUGCAACUGUCUGUUGAACACAGGUGCCUGGAGGAACGGCGACGACUACUUCUACACGUAUACGCAGUUGCUCCCCCAGGAUGUGCCUCGCUAUCUUGGCUGCAGGGUCAUCCGUUCGCAAGCCGUCAUGGACGUCCUCGUUCUCGGGCCGCUGCCUCUGCCGCGUCCUCUGUCGGACCUUGCCUCCCGCGAUGAGCUCACGACGUGGCUCACCCGAGUCCUUUUCAACACCCUCAUCCCGGGCCGCACCUGCAUGCCCCCGCAGAACGUGCGCCUCCCGAACAACCUCGUCGCCUUCUUCGGUCUGCUCAUGCACCUCAACCGUGUCGGCUACCCUGCGCACUGGCUUUCCGACUUCCUCGGGCGCGUGCUCAUUGCGAUCACGAGCGCGCUGCCGGCGGGGUUCUCGUGCGAGCCGGAGGACAUCCUGGUGUGGGAGGCGAAGGUCACCGCUACCUUGCCGUUCUCGACAUUCAUGGGCUAUGGCUCUCAGUCUCCGUACGAGCCGGUGACCCGACUUCUCUUCUACAAGCCCUCCGUAGAUGUGCCCGGUACACUCAUCGGUGGAAUGCGUAGAAUUUUCGAGGGCACCGCGAGCCCGCCUCCAGGCACGUUCUUCGUCCUGACAGCGCAAGAACUGGUACAAUACGACACGCGUAUCCGGUUCCGACUGAGCAAGCGCCGUGUCGAGAGGAUGCAUGUGGAGAAGUGGAGCAUGGUAGCGUACCGCCAGGACACGGGCCAACAAGGUACGUAUUCGCAGCACCCUCCAAUGAUCUUGGAAGUCGCUGAGGAGAUGUUUCUCCAUAGCCACUCAUCCUGUGUCAGCUGUACAAUGGGUUCCCGUCAACGUGCACACGGAUGCUGCAUCAGCCCUUUGCGCGUAGCACGGGACGCGCUGUGA